UAUAUCAUGCUGCUGAAAUUUCAGCAAGAGGGGAAAAGAGAGAGCGCGUGAGAGAGAGACAGCAAAGCAGUCCCAGGCUUCCUUGUCUCUCACGUCAGAGGCAGGAACCUACUGUGCUAGGGCUGUUGGCUCAACACGCAGAGACCGAGAAAGGCACAGACACCGAGAACGAGAGAAGAGGGGUCCCCCCGACCCAAGGAAUUACCACCAGUGGAGUAAAGCCACCUGACUUUUUAAUCUUAUUUUUGUUGCCUCCUCUUUCUCCUUCCACUCUAGCCCUGUCAGCUUGGGUUUCGUUUCUUUCCUGGAGCCUCCUCUCUUCCUCCCAGAAAAGGAGGAAGGGAAGAAAAGGGAGAGAGGUGGGUUCUCUAGGUGAGCGCAUCAGCUGCUUCCAGCCCGCACAGACAAGAAUUCUCUUCGCAGGAAGCUCCUCUCGCUCCCCUGCCGCCCACCCUCAGCCGGGUGGACCUGGCAUCACACCUGCACAGAGGCCAGGUCUCUUGGAGUCAGGAGUGAAGAGCGUGUGGGCAACAGAAGACAUCGCAGACCCCGUUGCUAAAGAUUCCCACAACUCCCGGCUGUGUGCUGCAGGCUGGUCUUGAACCCGGAGCUCUGGCUGAGAGAAUGGGGGUGGAUGGGGAAACAGUGGUCCUGAAGAACAUGCUCCUUGGCGUCAACCUGAUCCUCCUGGGCUCCCUGCUCAAGCCCUCCGAAUGUCAGCUGGAGGUCACCACGGAAGGGGUCCAGAGACAGGCGGCAGAGGAGGAAGGAAGUGUGGCCAACUACAGCGCUUCUGGCAAAGAGCAGCCUAUGGUCUUCAACCACGUGUACAACAUUAAUGUGCCCCUGGACAACCUCUGCUCCUCUGGGCUGGAGGCCUCCGCGGAGCAGGAGGUGAGUGCCGAAGACGAGGCGCUGGCGGAGUACACGGGUCAGACCUCGGACCACGAGAGCCAGGUCACCUUCACCCACAGGAUCAACCUCCCCAAAAAGGCCUGCCCCUGCGCAGGCUCAGCCCGGGUGCUGCAGGAGCUGCUGACCCGCAUCGAGAUGCUGGAGAGGGAGGUGUCGCUGCUCCGGGACCAGUGCACCAGCAACUGCUGCCCAGAAAGCGCGGCCACAGGACAACUGGACUACACGCCUCACUGCAGCGGCCACGGCAACUUUAGCCUCCAGUCCUGCGGCUGCAUCUGCAAUGAAGGCUGGUUCGGCAAGAACUGCUCCGAGCCCUACUGCCCGCUGGGCUGCUCCAGCCGGGGUGUGUGCGUGGAUGGCCAGUGCGUCUGUGACAGCGAGUACAGCGGGGGCGACUGCUCCGAGCUCCGGUGCCCGACAGACUGCAGCUCCCGGGGGCUCUGCGUGGAUGGAGAGUGUGUCUGUGAAGAGCCCUACACAGGCGAGGACUGUAGCGAGCUGAGAUGCCCCGGGGACUGUUCGGGGAAGGGGAGAUGUGCCAAUGGCACCUGCUUCUGCCAGGAGGGCUACGUGGGGGACGACUGCAGUCAGCAGCGGUGUCUGAACGCCUGCAGUGGGCGAGGACACUGCCAGGAGGGGCUCUGCUUCUGCGAAGAUGGCUACCAGGGCCCUGACUGCUCGGCAGUUGCCCCUCCAGAGGACUUGCGAGUGGCUGGUAUCAGCGACAGGUCCAUUGAGCUGGAAUGGGACGGGCCGAUGGCAGUGACGGAAUAUGUGGUCUCUUACCAGCCGACGGCCCUGGGGGGCCUCCAGCUCCAGCGGCGGGUACCUGGAGAUUGGAGUGGCGUCACCAUCACGGAGCUGGAGCCAGGUCUCACCUACAACAUCAGCGUCUACGCUGUCAUUAGCAACAUCCUCAGCCUUCCCAUCACUGCCAAGGUGGCCACCCAUCUCUCCACUCCUCAAGGGCUACACUUCAAGACCAUCACAGAGACCACCGUGGAGGUGCAGUGGGAGCCCUUCACAUUCUCCUUCGAUGGGUGGGAGAUCAGCUUCAUUCCAAAGAAUAAUGAAGGAGGGGUGAUUGCUCAGCUCCCCAGUGACGUCACAUCCUUCAAUCAGACAGGACUAAAGCCUGGGGAGGAAUACAUUGUCAAUGUGGUGGCUCUGAAAGAGCAAGCCCGGAGCCCCCCUACUUCAGCCAGCGUCUCCACUGUCAUUGAUGGGCCCACACAGAUCCUGGUUCGAGACGUCUCCGACACUGUGGCCUUCGUGGAAUGGACCCCACCUCGAGCCAAAGUCGAUUUCAUUCUCUUGAAGUAUGGCUUGGUGGGCGGGGAAGGUGGGAAGACCACUUUCCGGCUCCAGCCUCCCCUGAGCCAGUACUCAGUGCAGGCCCUGCGGCCCGGCUCCCGCUAUGAGGUGUGGGUCAGCGCCGUCCGCGGGACCAACGAGAGCCAGUCCACGACUACCCAGUUCACAACAGAGAUUGACGCCCCCAAGAACCUGCGGGUGGGCUCGCACUCGGCAACCAGCAUUGACCUCGAGUGGGACAACAGCGAAGCAGAGGUCCAGGAGUACAAGGUUGUGUAUAGCACCCUGGCGGGUGAGCAGUACCACGAGCUGCUGGUCCCCAAGAACUUCGGUCCAACCACCAGAGCCACCCUCACAGAUCUGGUGCCCGGCACUGAGUACGGAGUUGGAAUUUCUGCUGUCAUGGACUCACAGCAAAGUGUACCAGCCACCAUGAAUGCUAGGACUGAACUUGACAGUCCCCGAGACCUCAUGGUGACAGCCUCCUCAGAAACUUCCAUCUCCCUCAUCUGGACCAAGGCCAGUGGCCCCAUCGAUCACUACCGAAUUACCUUCACCCCAUCCUCCGGCAUCGCCUCAGAAGUCACUGUGCCCAAGGACAGGACCUCGUACACCCUGACAGAUCUAGAGCCUGGAGCAGAGUACAUCAUUUCAAUCACUGCUGAGAGGGGUCGGCAGCAAAGCUUUGAGUCCACAGUGGAUGCCUUCACAGGCUUCCGCCCCAUCUCGCAUUUACACUUCUCUCACGUGACCUCCUCCAGUGUAAACAUAACCUGGAGUGACCCAUCCCCUCCAGCAGACAGACUCAUUCUGAACUACAGCCCUCGGGAUGAAGAGGAAGAGAUGACAGAGGUCUUCCUGGAUGCCACCAAGAGACAUACUGUCCUGAUGGGGCUGCAGCCAGCCACUGAGUACAUUGUGAACCUGGUAGCGGUCCACGGCACUGUGACCUCUGAGCCCAUUGUGGGCUCCAUCACCACAGGAAUUGAUCCCCCCAAAGACAUCACAAUUAGCAAUGUGACCAAGGACUCAGUUAUGGUCUCCUGGAGCCCUCCCAUUGCAUCUUUUGAUUACUACCGAGUUUCCUACCGGCCAACACAAGUGGGACGGUUGGACAGCUCAGUGGUGCCCAAUACGGUGACGGAAUUCACCAUCACCAAGCUAUAUCCAGCUACUGAAUAUGAAAUCAGUCUCAACAGCGUGCGGGGCAGGGAAGAGAGUGAGCGUAUCUGUACCCUCAUUCACACAGCCAUGGACAACCCUGUGGAUCUGACUGCUAGUAACAUUACUCCAACAGAAGCACUGCUGCAGUGGAAGCCUCCAAUGGGUCAAGUGGAAAACUAUGUCAUUAUUCUCACACACUUUGCAGUUGCUGGAGAGACCAUCCUGGUUGACGGAGGCAGUGAGGAAUUCCAGCUUUCUGGCCUGCUUCCUAGUACCCACUACACUGUUAAUAUGUAUGCCACUAGUGGACCUCUCACCAGUGGCACCAUCAGCACCAACUUCUCUACCCUCCUGGACCCUCCUGCGAACCUGACGGCCAGUGAAGUCACCAGACAAAGUGCCCUGAUCUCCUGGCAGCCUCCCAGAGCAGAGAUUGAGAACUACAUCUUAACCUACAGAUCCACUGAUGGAAGCCGCAAGGAGCUGAUCGUGGAUGCAGAGGACACGUGGAUCCGACUGGAGGGUCUGUCUGAGAGCACAGACUACACAGUGCUCCUGCGGGCAGCCCAGGACACCGCCCGGAGCAGCCUCACCUCCACCACCUUCACCACAGGGGGUCGGGUGUUUCCUCAUCCUCAAGACUGUGCCCAGCAUUUGAUGAAUGGAGACACUCUGAGUGGGGUUUACACCAUCUUCCUCAACGGAGAGCUAAGCCGGAAGUUACAGGUGUACUGCGACAUGACCACCGAUGGGGGUGGCUGGAUUGUGUUCCAGAGACGGCAGAACGGCCAAACUGAUUUUUUCCGCAAGUGGGCUGAGUACCGUGUAGGCUUCGGGAACCUAGAGGAUGAGUUUUGGCUGGGGCUGGACAACAUACACAAGAUCACGUCCCAGGGCCGCUACGAGCUGCGCGUGGACAUGCGGGACGGCCAGGAGGCCGCCUUCGCCUCCUACGACAAGUUCUCAGUGGAGGACGGACGAAACCUGUAUAAGCUGCGUCUCGGGGGCUACAACGGCACUGCAGGGGACUCCCUCAGCUAUCAUCAGGGACGCCCUUUCUCCACAGAGGACAGAGACAAUGAUGUUGCCGUUACCAACUGUGCCAUGUCCUACAAGGGGGCCUGGUGGUAUAAGAACUGCCAUCGCACCAACCUCAAUGGGAAAUACGGAGAGUCCAGGCACAGUCAGGGGAUCAACUGGUACCACUGGAAAGGCCACGAGUUCUCCAUCCCUUUCGUGGAGAUGAAGAUGCGUCCCUACAGCCACCGUCUCACGGCGGGGAGGAAACGGCGGUCCUUGCAGUUCUGAGCCUUGGGCGGCCGCGGGCCAACUGACCUUUUCUGUCAUUUGUUUGUAUUUUAUAAUAUGAAACAAGGGGUGGGGGUAAGAGUACUGUGCUUGGCAACGUGGGAAGGGUGUUGGAGGAAGCAGGAUAUAGCUGUUCGUGGUGUCUGCUGUCCCGGGCCUGGGCCUCGGUCUCCGUGCUCCCUCCCACCCAGUCACCCUUAACCUUCCCCUCCUUUCUCAGUGAGGAGGGAAAGUCUGGAAUGUUUUAAAGAGACCAACUGAAAGGCAAGUCCUGGGGUCAGAUAGCUACGGCACCAGGCCUUCUUGUCCUGGACACCUAGGAGCUGCCCUUCACUCCCAGGUAAUCGUGCUCUGGUCACUGCCUUGGAUGGUCAGGUUCUCACAGCAGCCCCUAGGAGAAGCCUCGAGAAGAGAGCUCUGCCAACAAUGCCCCUUCAGAGGAAAUAGAUUAACCUCGCCCCGUCCCAACAACCCAAGUCCUUUUUAAUGGGCCAAAGAUUUUCAUCUUCUGACACUCUUACCAGCCAAGUGUCCUAUGACCUUUUAGAGCAGCGGUCUCCUUCCCAGCCCCAGUCAGCCCUGUGCCUCCGUCCAUCCUACCCUUAGAGCCCCAUGGCCCCACAAGCCCAAGGCAUUGUCCACUCCUGGCCCUGGGCUACACAGUGGCUGUGUUCCCUAAGGGUCAUAAGUCAUUGCCCCUUCUCUUAGGUCAGUCAGACAGAACUCCUCUGUGGGCAAAAGUGGGAGAUGGUUGUAGGUUGAGCACUUUGGGGUCAGACAUUGAGGAAAGGACAAAAGUAGAAAUCAGGGCAUCUGCCAUUUGAGAUUACAGGUCCCGUGGGAAACACAGAUCGUACCUAGCUCUAUUUUCUUAUCUCUGGUCCUAUUUGUCAUGGAUUUUUUUUUCCCUGAGUUGCGAAUGGAAGGCCUCAUUUCUGUGUUCAGCCAAGCUCUCCUUAAUGUGGGUGGCUUAAUAAGGGUCAGAAGAAGAAGUUAUAUGACCAGCCAGCCGUUCCCCCGACUGAUAAUUCCUGGAAAGAGGUGAAAUUCGGGGGAGGGGGGAGGAGCUGUUUUUGUUUUUUGCUCUUUUUUGGUCCUGUGGGAAAUAGGAAUGACCUCUGUAAUGAGUUGACAUCAUGAGAAGCCUUUCUCCAUCUUCUUUUAUUAUUCUGCCUCUGAGAGGAAAAAUGAAAAAUGCCAGAGGAAAUUACAUCUGGAAAUCCAAAGGUGAAUAGGGGACGACUGUGGGCCUACCUCCAAUUUUAUGAGAUGUGCUCUCUUCACUACCAUGAUUUGAUUUUUAAGCCCAAGAGAGCGCGAGGGUCUAGAAACCAUGACCCUUUGGCUUCUCCAAACCCAAUGUCAGCGGUAGCUAUCCCUGCGGCAUCUACCAAAAGCCACACCCAGCCCCCCAGCAGCCCCCCUCUGUUCCUCUUCCAUUCCGCGAGGCCCCACUUCUGUUUUCUGUAACGCCCAUGAUUAGCCGAACCAGGACAUCUUGCCCUGUCCCCAACCAGUUGCCGGAAGAUCCUGAGAGUUGGCAGUUUCCUCAUGGAAACAGCUAUGUUCUAACCCAGCUCUGACUCCCAGGAGAGGACGGUCACUGGGGCUGCUGAUCACACUUUAUACAGAUGACGUUGGCUGCCACUAGCCACAGGCACCCUUCCGCAGCGGGCCUCCAAGGCCUUGCCCACGCCUCUGUGACGCUGUGACUGACAAACCCGGGAUGAGACAUGGAAGACACGCUCAGGUCAGCAUGGGCUUCCAAAGGAACUAGGAGAAGGAGGAAGAAAGAGAAACAGUCCUUUUAAGAAACAUGUAAAUUCCAGUGAGAUUCGGCUAGGAGAGGGGGAUACCAAUGAAGAGUAGGGAGCACGCUUCGAGGAAGCUGGGGGCUAAGCUAGAGGCCGCCUCUGCCAUGUUGUUCGCUCUGUGACCUCAUCAGGGAGGUUGUUUUCUCUCUCCAGGCCUCAGUGUCCGCCCCUGUUGAAUAGAAGCUUGGACUAGAAUGGCUACCAUCUUCCUUUCCGGUUUUGAUAGUCAGUGAUGCUGGUUUCUGAUCUGGAAAUCUAAGUAGAAAUUGGCAUUGAUGAGGAAGCAUGAUUAAGUAAGGAAAAUUCCCCCUGAAGUUCUGCUUCAUGAGGGAGGGAGGAAGGGAGGAAGGAAGGAGAAAAGAUUCAGAAGUCGUAAAUGAAACACACACACACACACACACAGGAAAAAGCACUGCAGAAAAGGUAAUGCCAAGUAAGAGGCCAAGUUCAUUUUGCCUGUAAAAGCAGAGACUGAGGGCCUGAGUGGUACCAGCACAGCCUGCCUCCUCAAGGGAACUGAAACGAACAGAGAUUAUGAUUCCUUGUGUGGUCAAUUCAGGUGAAAGCCAGGAAGUAUCAGUUGAAACCAAAACCCGCCUUUCAUGACAACCAUUUUACCCUAUGGAACAUUUUUAUAAAUAUUAUCAGCAACAUUGACUGAAUUCAUUUCAAAAACGUUUAAAGCAAGAAAAGGACUUUAAAGAUUAGCUCACCCAACCUCCUAUAAAAGGAUGUAUAGAUUCCUUUUACUAAGUUGAGUGUUUUUCUCAUGAGCUUUUACCAUCUUCAAGAGACACUGUGCCCGGUUCUCUCCCCAAAAUCCACAAUCAACUAAACUCAAAGCUUCUUAACUUUACUGAUUCCUGCUUAUCCUGUUCCUCCAAAUUUGCUUUCUUCCCAAGGGUGGAUCCGGCAAAUGACAUUCACAGAGCACUCGCCUACGCACACGUCUUUCCCUCAAGGGACUCCUGGAAAUAGAAGUGGACCCUGCCCAGAGGCAAUUUAAGUGCAGGAUUAGGAUUUAAUCCCAAUCCUAAUCAUAGGCAUUUAUAAGCAAACAAAACCUACCAAUGACUACAACAGAUCCACUGCCUAGAUCCAAGAUCCAGACAGUUUUUCCUUUUCUCAUUUCCUCAUCAGAUAAAUAUAGUUCCCAAAUGAGUAACUCAGGGUCUGCAGGGUUCUUUCUGGAAGGUGGGGGAGGGUGGGGGAGGGUCGUUGGGGGUGGAGACCAGAAAUCUGUGGAAAAUUCCUUCAGGCCUUUAGACUGGAUUUUACUGGAGGAGGGAGACUUGCUAGGUGUGGCCACAAGGUGGCGAUCACUCCCCCCCAGUCGUCGCAGGUAACUAUGAAACCGGGUGGGGAUUGAGCGCAGCAAGCCCCUAAGGGUUUCCGGGAGAACUCACACCAAACCAAGCUUGGGGAAAACCAGCCAACUGAUUUGCACAAGGGAUUGAAUUGUUAAAGAACAACAACAAAAAUGGCAGCAAGGAAAUGCAGAACAAACUUCUAUAAGUAGUUAAAUCCCCCCCUACCCCUCAGCUACCAGCUCCCCCAUGGGCUGCCCCUACCCCCGCAGGGGUAAGCCACCACCCCACCCAGUGCCCUGGAAACCAGCCAGCUCCCUGCACACUGAAAACUGUUAUUUUAAAGACAAACCUGAAGAACCGAGGUUGCCAAUGAGCUCAAUGCCAAGCCAAACAACCCUAAUCACAUUUAUACUUUUAAAAUCCGGUCCCAGCACAGAGCCGUAGAUUAAGGGACACUAGUUCAUUAUGGAAUCGUUUCAAAGAGCUCUUUUCAAAGCAUCAGAUGAGAAAAAGUGGAACCUGUGAGCAGUAUAGAUGCGCCAAGCGGAAGAGGCUGUAACAGACAAGCCCAUGACCCGGACUUGCAAGAAUUCUGGGGCAAGAAAACACUUUUUUUCUUUCUCCUUCCUUCCUUCCUUCCUUCCUUCCUUCCUUCCUUCCUUCCUUCC